AUGUUCAAUUCAGGAGAGUGGGCACACUCUGCCAACUCCCUGUUGACCUCUGUUACGUCCACCAAUGACUACCUGGACGAGUCUUUGGCUUCUGUUCUCGUUGCCAAGUCCCAAAGUCUUCGCUCUCAGCAAGGAUCUAUCUAUGCCCUUGUUUUGGUUGCAGGCUUGAACUUACGGGUUCAACUUGGUGAAGUGGAUGGAACAAUGCCAUGGGAGAUAGCCAAUGUCUUUAGGUGGCCAGUUGAAUCUACUGUUAGUGGACAGCUGGUGAUUAGUAGAAUCAUCCCAACUAUUUCUAGCUUACGCCAAAACCUGCCACUGAACAUGAACUGCAUGUUCGCACCUGGCGUGCUCAGUUAUGAUGGCCUUCCUGCCAAUAUUGAUUGCACCAAUUUUGAGGCUUCUGAUCAAUUUUUUAAGGCUAUCUGA